UGCAAAACAUUUUCAUGAUAUUAUGAAAUUAUUUUGUGUGUGUGUGUGUAUGUAACGACUUAAAGAGACAAAACGUGUUAAAAGGAACUUAGUUCGAACUGCUGAUUGGACUGAUAAAAAUUCUCAAUAUUAUAUUGACUUGAUGGAGAAUCCUUUUUUUUUUUUGGAAAAGUGAAAUAUAACCAGUGAUCCUUAUAAAUCAUUUUAAAUACAUAAAUAUCGAUUCUUUAUUAAUAAACAUUUUGAUAAGACAAAUUGUUGCAAUAAAAGUAUCAAUUGUAAAGCAAUUAAGAAAUGAGCAAUUUUCCCGAUAAAAAAAUCGUCAAUUUUCCAAGUGUUUUCUAAUCUGAGCGAGUGAAACACUGUUACGAAUUUAAGUGUGGAAGGAGUGAUUUUUUAUGAACAGCGAUCAUUUUCUUACGUCUAAAGACGAAACACAUUGAACAAACAAAAUGCAAAUAUAGAACAUAAUUAACUGCCGUGUAUCGUCGACGACGUUUUGGUUGUCGUCGUAGUCAUCGUCAUUUUCGUUAAGCCCCCGUCGUCUGACAUCGGUGAAAAUUAGACAUCGUUGUCAUGUUGUUGACUCAAUUCGAAACGCGUCGCGCACACACAUCAAUACGAAGACAUUCAAAUACACGAUUGCAUUUGAUCCUAUAAUAUUCGGGCACUUCUCUUAUACGAAACGCGUGUAAUCGGAGAAUAUAAAAAAGAGAAGAAGAAAAAGGAGAAAGAAAGACGUUCAGUGUACCGUCUAAUUUUAUCAGGAUUGCUUCCGCACACCUCUAUUUGCACCAACUCCCGAUUACACAUCCCGAUGAUAUGCGAAUUUAACAGAGCGAGAGCGAGAGAGAAAGAGAGUGUGUGUGUGUGAGUGUGUUUUUGUAAAUCAAUUCAAUCGUAAUUACAUUUAACGACAUGAUUUAUCGAGAUCAAAGCAAUCAUGGGCAUCUAUUUGCAAUAAAAUCGUCAAAGAACGUUUGAAAUUUUGAUUUCGCAAUUUAUAUUGACAAAGGGUUAAAAUUAGAGACAAACAGAUACAGAGAAUCUGUUAUAAUCGGAAUGGUCAUAUAAAAAAGCAAGAAAAAAAUAAGUGCUUUGCUAUACUGGACAUAUGAAAAAAGCAUAUUUUGAUGCAUGCACCAAGCAGUCAAUCAUGAAUUGAAUUUCCGUACAACGAUGAAAGAUGCACUAGGCCGUGAAGGAUAACACACCGCAAAGAAACAAAGAUUAUUAUUUUUUGUUUGUGAAACAACCAUACCAAAAGGAUAAUAAGGCGUUGAAAAGCAAAGAAACAAACUUCAUUGACUUAAUCGGAUCUCUCUUCUUAAAAGUCCAAACGACGAUCUAUUACGAUUAUCAUUUUGCAUCAAAAAUAUAUAUAUUUUUGGAAAGCUUUUUAUUCCAAACCAAACAGAGGGUUUUCAUUUCGUGAAUUGUUCAACAGAGAGAAGUAAAAGUUUCUCGCAAAAAGUUCGGAUAUCCAGUUCCGAAUUUAGUGUGUAUGCAUGUCUCAUAUUAUUUCAUGCUACGGGAUUUUCUUCCAUUUUAACUCGUUUUCAUCCGUUUCAUUUUCAUAUUAAAAACGAUGGUUUAAAACACGCACAGAAAAUCACACAAUACGGUUUAUGAGUAAAGGAACGAAGGAAAGUAAGAAAGAACGAAAGAAAGAAAAAUCCCGUCGAAAAGGCUACCUAAAGCAAAACAGCGAUUCAUCAACGCAGAAGUUGAGAAAGAUAGCAUUUUUCAUCAUCCGAAAAAGAGACUUUAAUAAAUCACUAAACAACUUUUGAAAAGUCGUGAAUACAAUAAUUUAAAAAUAGACACACGAAGAUCUCCACACACAAUUUCAAUGAGAGAAAGAGAGUCUGCGUUCGUUAAGCAAUAGAUUACGUCGACGUUGAAAUAAAUGUUAGAAAAGAGAGUUUUGUAGCAAAGCAUAAAAAAGAACAUCGAUCGACAAGAAAAGCGCAACAACGAUAUUUUCAUGUAUACAGAUGCGAACGGAUGAAAGAAUGAGAAAAAAGAAAGAAUGAGCCAGAGAGAAGAGAGCACGAGGGAGUGAAAGAGUGUGAGAGAGAGAGAGACAAAAGAACACAUUCAAACGCGGUCAAACGUAGAUGCAACGAUUUCAAUUGAUUAAAUUUGGCAAAAAUUGUACUUGAUCCACAAUUUCACCGGAAGAAAAGAAAAAAAAAGAGAGAAGAAAUAAACAGCAACGACAACGUGAAGGACAGAAUGGGUGAAACGGUGAUUACUCAAAAAGAACGACAGAUAACGAACAGACAUGGAAUACCUAUUUUGAAAAUGUUCGGUUUUUCACAGUGUUCUUCUUUGAAUUUGUGCUCCAUUUGACUUGAACUGAAAGGAGAUACGCUAAAAGUAGCAAAUGUUAUAAAGUGUGCGUGUGAAAAUUGUGUACGCGCGUCUACACGUUGUAAACAAAAACCAAAAUUAAACCGCGUGCAAUCGAGAUAGACACGCUUUUCCUCCGACGAGCAAAAAUAAAAAAAGAGUGUACGAAUGGAACGAAACUAUUAGAAGUUUAUUCACCCGCAAAAUUUAAAACAAAAAAUAAAUAAAUAUCGUAGAUAUACAUAUAUCUAUAUGUAUAAAAAGAGCAAAGAAGAUACUGCAUUGAAGAUAUCAUUGAGAGUGAUUUGUCGUGCGCGCGCACUGGUUUUGUUGAAAUUGAAACAGAAUGAUGUCGUGAUAUAUCCAGUGGCCUUAUGUUUUCAUAUUUUCAAUUCAUAAAUCACACACUAAAAUGAGGAAAAUUCAAUUCGAUAUGUUUGAAGUUACGAAGUUUAAACAAUCGAUCGUAAAAGUGACAUUUUGCCAAUAUCAAAUUAAAUGGUUCGAGACAAGAAAUUGCAUGAAUACUUGCUUCAGUUAGAGAGAGAGAGAGAGGGAGAGAGAGAGAAAGAGAAUAAAAACGGCCAGAGUUGAACUCAAGAAGCAUUUUUUGAAGAGAAAGGAACAUGCCGCUUGCACACUAUUUGAAACAUUUCACCGUCAAGCAACAGGAUAAUUAUUUUUUUGUGUAGAAAAAGUACGAAGACGGUGAAAAACGAAAGGAAUAAAACAACAGUAAAUAGCAAAUAAGUAAACCAUUGCUUCCAAGUGUGAAGAAAAUAAAGAAUUAAAAUCAAGGAAAAAAAACUAACCAAAAUUCACUCAAUAAACAUUUAUCCGACGAGUCGAUUUUGAAAGAACGUCAUGAAUGCGCACGAUUUGCGCAAAAGGAGUCUGGCUAAAAAUCUAAUAUUUAUAUUGUUGCCAGUUCUCAUAUUACUGGUGUCUUGGUGCCAAUGUUCAAGUUCGACAGCACCAUCAUCGUCAGUUCACUCGAAUAGUAAGAUGUUUAGUGAUUUAAGAGGAAGUCACAGGGAAAAUUAUCAACACGAUAAUACAGUGGUAGGCGGUAGCUCAACACAACAACAUCAAAUAAAAAUCAACAAUUUAACUGAUUUUUCAAAUGUUCCAAAGCAUGAAAAUAGCCAAAAAUAUAUAUAUAACAUACACAAUAGCAAUGAAAAACGUACUCAACGAAUGAAUGAAAUUCGCACAUCAUCAUCAAAUGAUGAAAAGGAAAAUCAUCAAAUGGCAACAAAUUUAUUCAAUUAUAAUAAUGGCCACAAUAAAGAUAUCUACAAUAGUAAAAUGAUUGAUCGAAAAGAUGAACGGCCGUCUUCUUCUGUUACUGCUUCUUCUUCUUCUUCGUCGAGUGAUUUCGUAACAUAUGGUUUGUUGUUGCGCAAACUAAAUGUGAAUGAUACGCAAAAGCGUUGGUCAUUACAACAACGAAUAAAACGAACGAAACACGAUUUAGUUCGAAAAACUCUCCAUCACUACCAACAACAACAAGAAGAGAACCAACAACAACCACAUUCACGAGUGCUGCCAAAAACAACCAAUAAAUAUAAUAACGAUAGCAUUAGGAGUAGUAAUUAUAAUAAUCAUAGAAGUAAUAUAUUUUACAACUGGAUUAACGAACACCACCACAACAACAAUAACAAUACUAGUAAUAAGCAUGAAAUCAUUGCCAUUGAAAUACGAAAUGCAUCCAACCAUCAUCAUACCAGCCACAACCAUCACCUUCGCGAACUUAGUAGAAAAAAUACGAGUAAAUUGAUCGACGCAUCGUUAGCAUAUAUGAAUUCAAAACGAAUUUUUAGUGACAUGGUAAAUGAAAGUGGUGCAGAACAAUCACCGCAAAAAGUCGAACGUAAUCGUCGUGAAUCCAGAUCUGAAUUGAAAACGACGUCAAACACCGCAAUCGGGCGACUUAGCCCAUUUUCGAAUAGCCGAAUAAAUGGUUUGCCAUUUGGUAAUGCAAAUUCACCAAGACCGCGUCGAUUUUGUUCGGCACGCGAUCCAACAACGUUAGCAUUUGAAGCGCCAACAGUAUUUACCGGAAAAGUUCGAUCAAUGAGCUCCGAUCGUCGACGAAACUUUUCCGUUACAUUCGAAGUGAAGGAAAUUUAUAAACGACAAAUUGGGCUCAAGCUUCCGUCAUUGAUAAGACUUAAGUUUACGUAUAAAAAUUCUAGUGAAUGUGACAUAUAUCGUGAAACAUUUCGUUCGAUUGGCCAUGUACGUGACGAACUGGAACCGGGGAAAUUGUACAUUUUAUUUGUGAAUCAAAUUGACUUAGGCAAUUUUACGAUUCUCGGGCAACCAUUCAAGCGAACACGAAAAAACGACAAAGAUGUACGAACGGGUGUUGCCGAAAAAUAUGAUGGUUAUGACUACGAAAGGCAGACUUCAUCUCAUGUAGAUUCAGAUUCAGAUACAGGCCAACGUGCAUAUAUUGAAUCUCUAAUGGCAAAUAAUGCAACAAUAAGAGAGGGUAAGCGACUGAGAAUAGUAUGUAAGGUGCGAGGGCAUCCGCCACCAAAAGUGACAUGGUUCAAAGAUGAUCGAUCCAUAGCCAAAAAUCGUUCAAGAUAUCAAUUUGUACAUUUAAGACGACGAUCAGAACUUAUUAUCAAAUCGGCUUUCGUCAAUGACUCAGGACUUUACGAAUGUAGAGCGAAAAACAAAUUGGCACGACAACCAAUUAGGAAAUUUACCAGAAUUGACGUGUUACCGAAAACACAAGAAUAUACAAGGAAUAAUAAUUGGAAUCACUCAGGUUCGACGUGUCCAGUGAUUGGAAAUGCAUUUUGUUUGAAUGGUGGUACAUGUGUCUUUUUCAAAGAUGUCGGAGAGCCAGCAUGCAAGUGUCCGGAUGGCUUUCUGGGGAAUCGAUGUGAAACAAAAAAUCCAACAAACAUACACUCGAAUUCAACACUUGCAUCAUUAUUCUUAGAAGAUGAACAGAUUGCAGUGAACAUAAAUCAUCGAAGUCAAAAACAUCACCACCACAAAAAAUAUCCAUAAAUUUUGAUGGCAAACUAGUUUUGAUUGAUUUAGAACAGCGCUCAUCUUUAGCUAUCCUAGGAAGAUGUGAAAUUUAAAAUUAUUCUUCCAUAUUUCACAUAGACCGUGGAUCCACACUCCGCUCCAAAACAAUGUAUAUCAAAAUAGAGCCUGCAAUGGAACUGCUUAAAAAGUUUGUAAUUAUACAGAAUCGUAUGACCAAAUAUUCAGGCCACGAUGUUCCAUCUAAAUGGAUCAUAAUUCAUCCGGAGACAAGACUGUGUUUUUCUUCUUCUACAGAUAAUAUUCAAGCAUUAUUGAGUGAAGUUUCCAUAUUAAUUCAGUGGUUUUUGAGUCUUUUUAGUCUAUAUGGGCGCCAGUGUGAAA